AUGUAUACCUCCUUUCCUUCUGUUCAUUCAUUCUUUACAUUUAAUUUACUUUACUUUCCUUUAUUCUUCUCUUCAUUUCGUUCACAAAGUUUAUCAUUUUACAACGCUUUCUUUUUCUUUCUUUCUUUCUUUCUUUCUUUCUUUCUUUCUUUCUUUCUCAUUUUUUACUUGAUUUCUGUUUCCUUUACUUCACUUUCUUUCUUUCUUUCUUUCUUUCUUUCUUUCUUUCUUUCUUUCUUUCUUCUUCACUUUCUUCCUUUCUUUCUUUCUUUCUUUCUUUCUUUCUUUCUUUCUUUUCGUUUCAGCAUUUUGCCUUGUCUUUCUCUUUCUUUCUCUGAUUUCUUUGUUUCUUUUGCUUCACUUUCUUUCUUUCUUUCUUUCUGUCUUUCUUUCUCGUUCUUUUCCAUCCUUUCCUAUUUCUUUCUUCCUCGAUCUUUUCCAUUCUUUUUCUCUUUCUUUCUUUCUUUCUUUCUUUCUUUCCUUCUUUCUUCUUGUUUCAUCAUUUUUCCUUCUUGUCUUUCUGUUUCUUUCCCUGAUUUCUUUCAUUCAUUAGCUUUACUUUCUUUCUUUCUUUCUUUCUUUCUUUCUUUCUUUCUUUCUUUCUUUCUUUCUUUCUUUUCUCGUAUUUUCCUCUUUCUUUUUCCCUUGAUUUCAUUUUUUCUCUUGUUUUCCUCUUUUUUCCUUAUUUUCCUCCAUCUUUUUUUUACCUUGAUUUCUUCUUUCUUCAUUGUUUUCCUCUUUCUUUUAUCCCUUGUUUACCUUUUGCUUUUUAACUCUUUCUUUAUUCUUCGUAUUCUCCUAACCUUUUUCCCUUGUUUUUCUAUUAUAUUUUUCCUUUUUUCCUCUUUCUUUUAUUUUUCCACUUGUUUUUCUCUUUAUUUUCCUCUUCAUUUUUCCUUGAUUUCCUUUUCUUCUUUUUUCCUUUCCCCCUUUUUUCCUUUUUCUUUUUUUCUUAGUGUUCCCCUUUGUUUACCUUCCUUUCAUUUUUCCAUUGUUUUCCCGUUCUUUAUUUCUUAUUUUCCUCUUUAUUUUUUCCAUUUGUUAUCGCCGUCCUUUUCCCCAUUGUUUUCACCUUUCGUCUUUGCCUUGUUUUUUCUCUUUUUUCCAGUUGUUAUCCUCUAUUUUUUAACCUUGUUACCCCUUUCUUUUUUUCUCUCUUUUUUUCCUGUUUCUUUUCCUUUGUUUGCCGUUUUUUUUGCCAUUGUUUUACCCUUUCUUUAUUCCGUAUUUUUCUAUUUCUUUUUCCAUUUUUCUCCAUCGUUUUCCUCUGAUUUUUUCGCUUGUUUUCCUCUUUUAUCUUGUUUUCCUCUUUCUUUUUCCCUUAAUUUUCUCUUUCUUUCCCCUUGCUUUCCUCUUUCUUUUUCCCUUAAUUUUCUCUUUCUUUCCCCUUGUUUUUCGCUUUCUUUUUCCCCUUAUUCUUCUCUUUUUUUCGUUAUUUUUCUCUUUCUUUUCACCUCGAUACCCUCUUUCUUUUUCCCUUUUUUUCCUCUUUUUUCCUUAUUUUCCUCUUUCAUUUUCCCUUGA